GCCGAUUUUGUUUUUAAUGUACGGUAUAACUGAUCAUUAGAUAGACCACUGGCAUCGUCUAUGUUUGCACUUGGAGUGAGUGAAGUCAUGACUGAUUUUAACACUUCCAACAACUAUCUGUCAGCACUGGUGGUGUCAAUAUACGUCUUGGGUUUUGCAUUCGGGCCCCUCUUUUGGGCCCCCUUAUCUGAAAUAUAUGGAAGAUGGAUUUGCUACUCUGUCAGCAACAUUCUAUACAUAAUCUUCACAAUCGCCUGCGCCGUCUCGACUAAUAUGUCAAUGCUGAUAGUUUUCCGGUUCCUGGCAGGGUGUUUCGGGUCUAGUGCUCUUGCAAUCGGUGGUGGCACUGUUACUGACAUGUUUCCGGUUCAGCAUAGAGGCGUGGCGCUCUCGCUUUAUACUCUUGGCCCAAUAUGUGGCCCGGCCAUUGGACCAGUGAUCGGAGGCUUUGUAUCAGCUGCUAAGGGAUGGAGGUGGAUUUUCUGGGUCUUGAGCAUUCUUGGCGGAGCGGUCACUUUCCUUCAAGUAUUUUACAUGCGGGAAACCAGUGCUACGAUAAUAUUGAGAAGAAAAGCCAAAAGACUGCGAAAAACCUCUGGGAAUAGUGCAAUAAUUUCGAAAAUUGACGCCGAUAAACGCGCGUCAGGAUCGCAGAUCCUUCUUCAAGGACUGGUGCGGCCGCUGAAACUGAUGCUGCUCUCGCCUAUUAGUUUUCUUCUCUCAAUCGCCACUGCCUUUAUCUACGGAUUACUCUAUCUUCUCCUGACCACUCUUCCAAUGGUGUUUGAAGAAGGGUAUGGUUUCGGGGUCGGCAUAACUGGGGUUACAUAUGUCGGACUAGGUAUUGGCAACCUGAUCGGGCUAUUUGUUUUCAGUCUCACCAGUGACCGAUACAUUCGCGCGCGCAUCGCAGAGGGGAAAAUGACGCCAGAAGACCGCUUACCGUACAUCUUGGUAUCCUGCCCAUUAAUGGCCGCCGGCCUGUUUCUAUAUGGAUGGACUGCUGAAGCGCGCACAUUAUGGAUUGGCCCCGUUAUCGGACUGACGCUUUUCGGCGUUGGAAACACGUUAUUUAUGAAUGCCGUCAUUGGAUAUUUGAUCGACUCCUUCACUCAGUAUGCAGCAUCUGCGCUUGCGGCUAACACUGUGCUGCGUUCUGUCGGUGGAGCGUUGCUUCCUUUGGCGGGCGAUAGCAUGUAUCAGUCCCUUCGCUUUGGGUGGGGCAAUUCCGUUUUAGGAUUCCUUGCGCUUGGUUUUACGCCUGCACUCAUUGCGUUGUAUAAGUAUGGCGAGUCAAUUCGCCUCAAAUAUCCCCUAAAACUGUAGAACUGCAGUUAUAGGGCUGGAGCGAUACAACAGAAAACACUAGACUAUUCUCAGUGUUGAUUUGUAUAUAAUUUUAGAAAAUCUCUAUGG